GAACUUUUAAUUCAUACAAACAUCAGUAUUUUAUGCAAAUACUGAAGUAACUCCUUAGAUAAGUAAACAAUUACUUUACAAGUCCUUACUUUACAAAAGAAAUAUAACAGCCAUUUUGCUUUUUUGACGGAAUAUAGGCUCGUAGUCGCUAUAUGCUUGAGGUAUCAUAUCCAUUUCCGGACCUCUUUUGUUGUCCUGUUGCCAUGGUCACUUGUAAUAUCUUCACUCCAUUGAUCAGGGCUUGACUUUAAGUCAAUCAACUCGGAGUUGCUUAAACCAGCUCUUCUUAGCUGUUUUGAAACCGAAAACUCUAGGUUUGCAAACUCGGUGUAAGUCAACUCAGAGUUCAGUUUAAACUCAGAGUUUGUAAAACCUCCUUCUUGAAACGGGCCCCUGGACGACAAACAGUCAGUCAGUUUAACAGCAUCAGUAAACAGGUUGAACUACUCCUCUGCUUCUUCCCUCUGUGAUGGAGCUGCACUCCUACAAACAAUGUGCUUCCUGUUUCUGAAGCAUUUAGAUGGAACCAUGACCUCUGCUGCCUUCUCCACCUGUACACAAUCAAUGAAGAAACUUUCUCACAGCUCAUUGAACUCAUAACGCAUAUUUACUUAUUGUAUAAUCCUUUAUUUUACAGUAUCAAUACGCUGCUUAACUCGUUACCACACUGUAACUGAAUAUUGGAGCAGCCAGAAAAACUCUUUGUUGAAAAUCCUUGUUCUUUGCUCUGAUGCUUUGCUCUGAACAUAAAACAGCAUCUUUUAGGUAAAUAAGAUAACAUUGACUUGAACAUUAAAGCUUUAUUAUAUUAGUCCCAGCAGCUGCUAAUUUACAAAGAACAGAAUAUAACAUGUUUGGGAAACAACUGACAGUUUGGAUCUCUGUCAUCCUGUAGCAUUGCUGCUUUAUUACUCUGCUGCUUCAACUCUUCUAGUUUCCUGUAAACAGAGAUGGGGCGGAGCCUCAGUGAUCACGUGAUCCAGAAGCGAAACCGAAACUCCAUUUAGAGACAACAGCGGGAACAGUUAAAUAAAAGAAAAGGAAACGUUGAGGAGAAGAUGAGUGUUUGUGUGGAGGAAGAGGACAGAGCAGAGUCUCCAGGAUCCAGAUGUGUGACUAUGAAGAAUGACUGGUCCAGAUGUGAGCCUCCAUUAUUCAGUCCUGAACCUGGAGCCUCAGACACAAAAGUCCAGAACCAGAGACAAAAAGUAGAACCUCCAGGACCCAGCUGUCUGUCUAUGAAGAGUGACCGGUCCAGACAUGAUCCUCCAACCUUCAGUAAUGAACCUGGAGCCUCAGACACAAAGUGUUUCUAUAUCAGGUCCCAUCAGAGACAAAGAUCUGCUGGACCUGGACCUGGACCUGGACCCAGUUGUGUGUCCUUCAAGAGCGACUGGUCAAAGGAUGGUAUUAAUUUCAAAGACCAGCCUGUAUCAGAGUCACAAGUGAACCAGCAGAGCUCAGAGGUUCCCAGUGCUCAGUGUGUCCAGCAGCACCAAACACACCUGGACUCCAUAUUUAUGCUGCUGAAGGACAACAUUGUCACGUUUGUGAAGAAGGAGCUGAAGAAGAUCCAGAAGGUUUUGAGUCCAGAUUACCCAGAAUGCUUAGAGAGUCAGAGGGAGGAUGAAGAGGAGAUGGAUGGUGAGGAUGAAGAGCAGAGGGGGAGCAGCAGAGACGCAUUUCUGAAGAUCACAGUGAACUUCCUGAGGAGGAUGAAGCAGGAGGAGCUGGCUGACUGUCUGCAGAAACCCAAUCCAAUGGUUCCAGUACCAGAGCCACGGCCCAUCACAUAUUACCAGCAGAUGCUUCAAUCAAACCUCCAAGACCAGUUUGUGUGUGUGAAACCAGGCUGGUCAGAAGUCGACCAACGUCUGGAUGACAUCUACACAGAGCUGUACAUCACAGCUGGGCCGGAUUCACACAUCAACACACAGCAUGAGGUCCAACAGGUUGAGACGACGCAGCACAAGCAAAGAUCAGCAGAGGAGCCAGUGAAGCCCAGUGACCUGUUCAAACAUCCCCCUGGUAAAUACAGACGCAUCAGAACAGUGUUGACCAAUGGAAUCGCUGGGAUUGGAAAAACAGUCCUUGUGAACAAGUUUGUGUUGGACUGGACCCAACAAAGGUCCAAUCAAGACGUGCAUCUGAUUUUCCCCUUCACCUUCCGUCGACUGAAUCCACUGAAGGGACAAAAGUUCAGUUUGUCAGAGCUCAUUCAUGAAUGUAUCCCAGAAACUGAGUCCAUCAGCCUGGAGGCUCUGAAUUACAUCUUUACACAGUCAUCAGGAAACAGCAACUAUGACAAGAGCAGGUUCAAACUUCUGUUUGUGUUUGAUGGACUGGACGAGAGUCGCCUCCAACUGGACUGUAGCACCAGUGAGAAGGAGACGGGUCAAUGUGACGUCACAGAGUCCACCUCAGUGGAUGAGCUGCUGACAAACCUCAUCAGAGGAAAACUACUACGCUCUGCUCGCAUCUGGAUCACCACACGACCUGCAGCAGCCAAUCAGAUUCAUGGAGACUUUGUUGAGGUGGUGACGGAGGUCAGAGGGUUCACUGACCCACAGAAGGAGGAGUUCUUCAGGAAGAGAUUCACAGAUGAGCAGCAGAGCAACAGAAUCAUGUCUCACAUCAAGACGUCACGAAGCCUCCACAUCAUGUGCCACAUCCCAGUCUUCUGCUGGAUCACUGCUACGGUUCUGGAGGAUCUGCUGGAAACCAGAGAGGGAGGAGACCUGCCCAAGACCCUGACGGAGAUGUACGCAGAGUUCCUGAGGUUUCAGAUGGAUCGGACUAAAGACAAGUACGGACCAGAACAGAGCAGCAACUACAUCAAGUCAUUAACUAAACUGGCUUUUAAGCAGCUGCUAAAGGGAAACAUGAUCUUCUAUGAGGAAGAUCUGAAAGAGAGCGGCAUCAAUGUCAGUGGAGCCUCAGUGUGUUCAGGAGUGUUCACAGAGAUCUUCAAACAGGAGCGAGGGAGGAAAACCAAGGACAAGAUGUUCAGCUUUGUUCAUCUGAGCGUUCAGGAGUUUCUGGCUGCUGUUCACAUGAUGCUCUGUUACAACAAAGGAAGGAUGGAGGAACUGGAGGAGUUUCUGACAGACUCCAAACACACAAAAUCUAUCCUUAAAAAAUUAAAACAUUUGUUUGUUUAUCCUUCAACUCACUCAUCUCUGGAUGUAGUCCUGAGUAGAAGCAUGUUUAAAUCCCUCCUCAGUCCAAGUGGCCACCUGGACCUGUUUGUUCGCUUCCUUCAUGGCCUCUGUCUGGAGUCCAACCAGAGAAUCUUAAGAGGUUUGCUGGGUCACACAGAGAACAGUCCACAAACCAUCCAGACAAUCAUCAACAACCUGAAAAAGAUGAACAAUGAUAGAAUUUCUCCAGACAGAAGCAUCAACAUCCUCCACUGUCUGAUGGAGGUGAACGACCACUCAGUCCAUCAGCAGAUCCAAGAGUUCCUGAAGUCAGAGAACAGAUCAGAGAGACUCUCUGAGAUCCAGUGCUCAGCUCUGGCCUACAUGCUGCAGAUGUCAGAGGAGGUUCUGGACGAGUUGGACCUGAACCAGUACAAGACAUCAGAGGAGGGACGAUGGAGACUGAUCCCAGCUGUGAGGAACUGCAGAAAGGCUCAACUUUCUGGCUGUGGACUCACAGAGAGUCACUGUGAAGUUGUGGCCUCAGCUCUGAAGUCCAACCCGUCACAUCUGACACAUCUGGACCUGAGUAACAAUAACCUGCAGGACUCAUUGAAGGCUCUGUGUGCUGGACUGGAGAGUCCCCGGUGUCGACUGGAGACUCUGAGACUGAGUGUGUGUGACCUGUCAGAGAGAAACUGUGAAGCUCUGUCCUCAGUUCUUAGCUCUCAGUCCUCUAGUCUGAGAGAACUGGACCUGAGUAACAACAACCUGCAGGAUUCAGGAGUGAAGCUACUGUCUGCUGGACUGAAGAGUCCUCACUGUCGACUGGAGACUCUCAGGCUGUCAGGCUGUCUGCUCUCAGAGGAAGCUUGUGUCUCUCUGGCCUCAGCUCUGAGCUCCAACCCCUCCCAUCUGAGAGAGCUGGACCUGAGCUACAAUCAUCCAGGAGACUCAGGAGUGGAGCUGCUGUCUGCUGGAGUCAAGGAUCCACACUGGAGACUGGACACUCUCAGGGUGGAGCCUGGUGGAGUCCGAUGGUUGAGACCAGGUCUGAGCAAGUAUUUCUGUCAACUCACCAUCGACACAAACACAGUGAACAGAGAACUACAACUGUCUGACAACAACAGGAAGGUGACACAUGUGGAGGAGGAUCAGCCAUUUCCUGAUCAUCCAGACAGAUUUGACUGGUGGCCUCAGCUGCUGUGUAGUAAUGGUCUGACUGGUCGCUGUUACUGGGAGGUUGAGUGGAGAGGAGAUGUUUAUAUAUCAGUGAGUUACAGAGGAAUCAGAAGGAAAGGACGCAGUGAUGACUGUUGGUUUGGUUACAAUGAUCAUUCCUGGAGUCUGUUCUGCUCUGAUCAUGAUUACUGUGUCAGACACAAUAACAUAGUAACGUCCAUCUCCUCCUCAGUGUCUGACAGAGUAUCAGUGUAUGUGGACUGUCCUGCUGGUUCUCUGUCCUUCUACAGAGUCUCCUCUGACAAACUGAUCCACCUUCAUACCUUCAACACCACAUUCACUGAACCUCUUUAUCCUGGGUUUGGGUUCAUGUUCUGUUCUCCUGGUUCCUCGAUGUUUCUGUGUGAUGUGUCGUAGUGAGAGUUUGAUCCAGAAAGAGAAACGUUGUCACUGUUGAACAUAGUUCAGUCUGUUCAAGUCUGUCUUAUUUUCAGAUUCAUGUAUUAAACCAGUUUCUUUUUGAACCAGUUCUGAAUGUUUCCUUGUGAACUUCUUCCUCCUCCGUCCUUUAAAGAUGGAAGCUCUGAUUAUUCCAGGAUCAAAUGUUGAUGACUUGUUGUGAAGUUGUUUUCCAGUGAAUAUCAGGAUGUUUCAGUUCAACAUGUGACAAACUGUGACAUCAGAGAAGAAUCACUGAGCUGAAU